AUGGCGCCCAAAGGUGAGGCCGGUGACAGCCCAGACCUCGAAGCGCGGGCCAUCCUCGACGAAGCCGAGAAGCUGCUGACGCUAGGCAAGCUCGAGGAAUCAAGCGAGCAGGCAUUGGUUGCUCGGGAGUACUUCCUGGAGACCGGAGACCUUGCGAGCGAAGCGGAGGCCUUCCGGAUCGAGAUCCUGGCGAAGCAAGAUGAAGGCGAGUACGGAGCAAGGACUGGUGAGGUAGUGCUGAAGGCGAGUGAAAUCGACCUCCUUUGCGAAAUCGAGCUUUCGCGAGCCAAAGCUGCUGGAGACAUCAAGGCAGAGGCAGUCUUGCUGUACACGCUGGUGGAAGUGAAUGUGACUCGCUCAACACACAAGAUGCGCACGGAGUCGAAGGAGUGGUGCGAUGAAUCCAUCAGACUUUUCGAGCAGCUGGGCGCAACCUUCUGGCAAGCACGCGCCGUUUUGAUGAUGGUGAACGUGCAGCAUAAGUUUCAAGAUUCAGACAACAUGCAAAAGUAUGCCAAGCAGGCACACGAGCUCUUCGGACGGGUCGGGGAUCGUAAGAGGCAGGGGAUGGCCCUACAUGCAAGCAGCCUCGCGUACUUGGGGGAGAAGAACACCCCUGCUGCAAUUGACUGCGGGCUGCAAGCUUUGGCAAUUUACCGUGACAUUGGGGAUCGACGAUUGGAGAUUGCGGAGCUGAAGACAAUUGCUGUGUGGCGGAUGGGGCUCGAAGGAAACCAAGGAAAGAUUGCCGCCCGCGAAGCGCUGGAAGCUCUGGAGCUGUCGCGGAAGUACACGGAGCCCAAUCAGGAGAUCCUUCGUCCGAUUGAGACGGUCACGUUACAUGUGGCCCUGCAGGCUUUGCUUCAGAUAGGCGAGCGCAAAGAGGCACUUCGAGCAGCGCAGAUUUCGUUGAAGCGCUUUCAGAAGGACCCCCGCUUGCAGAUGGAGACGGCCACGUUGCAAGUUCUGGUAGACGAGCUUCAGGGCAAGAAGACGCAAAAUGAAAUGGAGCUGAUGCAAGGAAUCAAGUCACGUAAGCAAAGGAUGCACAUCCUCAUUGACUUGGCCAGGUCACACUGCAACAAUGGGCAGAUGGAUGAGGCUGAGGCCGCCGUGGCAGAGGGCCUGGAGCUGGCCCGGGAGUUUGGCAAGACGCUCCGAGAGGCACAGGGCCUCCGGAUCCUGGCCCAGCUGCAGCUGGCCAGAGGCAACCACUACCAGGCCAUGUCUUCGGUCAAGAAGUCCAGAAAGCUAUCCACCCAAGAUGAGGACAAGGAAGGUGAGGCAAGUGCAUGGCUGCUCCAAGCAGAGUGCCAUGCAGCUGCACGCAGCUUCGAUGAGGCUCAAGUGUGCUGCCGGGAAGCACAUGCCAUUUGCGAAGAGCACGACCUGUACAAGAAGGAGAUCGAAGUUUGGCAUCGUGUGGUCGAGCUGCACAUGGCGACAAGUCAUCCUGAUGCCGCGCUCCAAGCUGCAGCCAAGAGAGUCGAAGUCGUGCAGCGCAACAACGGCAGUGUGAAGGAACAGGUUGAGGCACUUGACAUGCUCUGCAGCCUCAUGCUUGUCCAGAAGAAUGUCCCAGAGGCCGAGAAAGCCGCCGCUGAAAUGCUGCGCCUGGCAAAACUCAACGAGAGCUUGGUAGACUUGGAGCUUGCGGCACUUUCUCAGCUGGUGCAGGUGAACAUCGUACGCCUCUCGGAAACACCUGGGCAAGGCAGCUUCGCUGGCAAAGCGCUUCAGUAUGCCGAGCAGGGCUGGUCGCUGGCCUGUCGGGAUGCCGCAAGCAUCGAGUACAAGAGUGCUGCCAAAUACUGGCAGGCCGAAGCUCUGAUCUGUGUAGGUCGACACCAACAAGCUCUGACGGCUGCCUACGAAGCGGAAGCCCUCUUCAAUCAGACCAAAAGAAGCAAAGACCAUGGAGGCAUGCUGCGCUGUCUCCUCCUGCAGGGCCGCCUUGCGAAGGCCUUGGGACGCCUGGACGAAGCAAUACAGUGCGCGGAGCGGGCGAUACAAAAUGCAGUUGAAACUGGAAACUCAUCUGGCGAAAAGAUGGCCCGAGAAGAGAUGCAGCGGAUCCGGCAACCAGACGAGGACUACGCUGACUACGAGCCGGAACCGGCCUACGAAACGAGAGCAUCCAGGCCAGAAGACGCUGGUAACGUCGUUCGGUCGCACGGCAUCGACCGCGAGUUGGUCAAGCAAAAGCUAUCAACACACGUGCAAAACGUGCUCACAGAGGAGCAGCACGUGGAUGCCGAAUCUCCGCUCAUGGACCUUGGCUUGGAUAGCUUGUCAGCAAUCGACUUGCAGAAUCUGAUUGCUUCCUCGUUCCCUUUCAUGGUCGACACGGCGACGGUUCUCUUCGACUACCCGACGUUGCGUGAGCUCACCGAACACAUCGUCGAGCAAAGUCAACUUGCCGGAGUUUGA